AUGGAUUCCAUGGCCAUGAGCCCUCAAAGGUCAUCACCAUCACCACCACAAUCAUCAUCAUCAUUGUCAUCGUUAUCAUCGCUAUCUUCUUCUACUUCUCUUUAUUCAACACCUCAAUGGAAACAUGACACGGGACUCAAGGUUUUGCCAGUUUUCUACUAUGUGAAUCCCUCUGCUAUACAGAACCAGAUAGAGACUUUUGCAGAAGCUUUUGCUAAACAUGAAGAUGAUCCUAAAGUUAGCAGAGAAAAGUUGCAAAUAUGGAAAACUGCAUUGAGAGAGGUGGGCAAUAUCUCAGGAUGGCAUUUACAUGACAGGCCUAAAGCAACAGUUAUUCGAAAAAUCACUAGAAGGAUAGUAAGUGAAUUGUAUGGUGACUUCUCAAGUCUCUCCAAGGAACUUGUUGGAAUGGAAUCCCGUGUGGAGGAAAUGAUGGCCUUCUUAGGUAUAGGGUUGGAAUUGGAUGAUGUUCGCUUUAUUGGGAUUUGGGGGAUGGGGGGAGUGGGUAAAACGGCUCUAGCAGAAGUCAUUUAUUGCAAAAUUUCUAAUCAAUUUGAGGCUAAAAGCUUUAUUUCUGUCAGUUCUAUUAGAGAAACAGGAAAUCAUGGUCUAGUUUCUUUACAAAAACAACUUCUAUAUAAGAUCCUCAAGGAAAGAGAAGUAAAUAUAUGGGAUGUGCAUGGGGGUAUUGAUGUGAUAGGAAAAAGAUUACAUAAUAGAAAGGUUCUUAUUGUUCUUGAUGAUGUGGAUGAAAAAGACCAACUAGAUGCAUUAGCGAGAAUGCACGAUUGGUUUGGUCCUAGGAGUAGGAUCAUCAUAACAAGUAGAGAUAAACACUUGUUGGAAAGAUAUCACAUGGAUAUGAUAUAUAGGGUAAAGGGACUAGAAGAUGAUAAAGCCCUAGAGCUCUUUAGCUAGACAAUCUUUAAGAAGCCUCGUCCUGAAAAAGAUUUUGUGGAUCUAUCCAAAGGUUUUGUUAAGUACGCUCAAGGCCUUCCUUUAUCUCUUGAAAUUUUGAGCUUCUCGUUGAUUGAUAAAACAAGAAAGGUGUGGGAAGCUACCUUGGAUCAACUAAAAGAAAAUCUAAAUAGAAGAAUUUUUGAUACACUUGAAAUCGGUUAUAAGGGAUUGGAGUAUUCAACAAAAAAACUAUUUUUGGAUAUUGCAUGUUUCUUCAAAGGAGAAGACAAAAAUCAAGUUGUAGAUAUACUAAAAGAUUCUAGUUACUACAAGGAUAUAGAAAUUUUGAAAGAUAAAUCUCUCAUUACCAUUUCAGGAGGAAAAUUGUGGAUGCAUGAUUUGUUACAAGAAAUGGGUAAAGAGAUUGUUAGUUGUGAAGCACCUCAAGAGCCUGGGAGACGUAGUAGGUUGUGGAAUGAUAUGGAUAUUUUUUCUAUAUUGAAGAAU